CACUUACGCACAUAACAAAAAUGUCCGCUUUCACCCUCUCCACCUCCACCGUGGCCCGCUCCGCCUUCACCGGCCGCAAGGUUGCCGUCCGCCGCAACGCGCCCGUCGCCAAGGCCCGCGGCAUGAAGGUCCAGGCCUUCACCGUCACCCUCGAGACCCCCGAGGGCAAGCAGGACAUCUCCUGCGCCGACGACACCUACGUCCUCGACGCUGCUGAGGAGGCCGGCAUUGACCUCCCCUACUCCUGCCGCGCGGGUGCCUGCUCCUCCUGCGCGGGCAAGGUCACCGCCGGUACCAUCGACCAGUCCGACCAGUCCUUCCUCGAUGACGACCAGAUGGGCAACGGCUUCGUCCUCACCUGCGUCGCCUACCCCACCUCCGACUGCACCAUCAAGACCCACAUGGAGGAGGAGCUCUACUAAAUGGCUUCGCCGCAUGGUCUGACGCCGGGGUGGGCCUUGGCGUUGGACCGAGCUUUGGGUGUGCCUGCCGAUAGCCGCUGAGUGCGGAUGGUCGUGACCUGUCGCGCCAGCGGGCUCUCGAUGGAGCAAAUUUUUUCGCAGAGACGAUUCCUUAGCCACUCCUUUGUUUAAUACUACGGGAUGCGUGGAAUCGUGACGAACG